AUGGUUCAAUUCCCCCCGCCGCCGGCCAACAUUGACUGGUCAACAGUAAGCCUCGUCAAUCUGCCCAAGACCAAUGGCCACGUAGAGGUGCGAUUCUCGACCUCGAAACAAACCUGGGGCCAGCCACAGCUUGUCGAAGACCCCUACAUCCGCGUGCACGGGCUGGCCCCGGGCCUAAACUACGGCCAGCAAUGCUACGAGGGCAUGAAGGCCUUCCGGACCUCUGGCAGCGGUGGGGAGGGCGGCGCCGGCGCGAUCCACAUAUUCCGGCCGCACGAGCACGCCGCGCGCAUCCGCCACUCGGCCAGCCUGGUGAUGCUCCCGGAGGUCCCCGAGGCGCUCUUCCUCGAGUGCGUCCGCACGGCCGUGGCGCGCAACGCCGAGUUCGUGCCGCCCGCCAGCGCCAGCGGCGGCAACGGGUUCAUGUACCUGCGGCCCGUCCUGUUCGGCGCGGGCCCCCAGCUGGCGCUGCAGCCGCCCGAGGAGGUCGUGUUCGCCGUGUACGUGGCGCCCGUGUGCACGCCGUACCACGGGACAGGCGCGGUCGACGCGGUGGUGCUGGACGGCUUCGAUCGCGCCGCGCCGCGGGGGACGGGCAGCGGCAAGGUCGGCGGGAACUACGCGCCCGUGUGGCCGCACGCGGCCAAGGCGUAUAGGCUGGGGUUUGGCCUCACGCUGCAUCUGGACAGCGAGACGCGGUCGCUGGUCGAGGAGUUUAGCACGAGUGCCUUCGUCGGCCUCGUCACGGAGGGGGGCAAGAAGGAGUUGUUCCAGCCGGAUUCCGACAAUGCCAUACGGAGCGUCACGAGCGAGUCGCUGGCCACGGUUGCUGAACAGGAAGGGUGGACGGUCCGUCGUGAAAAGGUGCCAUUCACCGGACUUGACCGUUUCUCUCAGGUCUUUGCCGUUGGAACAGGAGCAACAGCGGUUCCCGUGCGUUCGGUGUCGCGCCCAUCCACCUCUGAAAAGUACGAAUUUGCUGCUGGAGAGGCAGGACAGGAGUUGGUGAACAAAUUGCUGGCAGCCCAGCGUGGUUCAUAUCAAGUGGAUGCUUCAUGGUGCUGGGAGGUCAAGGAGAAACCUGGACUUACUCAUGGCCACUCUCAGACGAAUGGUCACUCGGGGUAG